AUGACCCCGCAGGACGUUGAAACCGAAGAGGACCUUACCCUAGAGGAAUUAGACGGGCACAAGGGGAUAAUCGAGGCAGAAUGGAGCGAAUAUUUUCAAAUUUAUGCCAAUCUAGCCGAGUUUCUUCCCCCUGAUCACGAGUAUGUCAACGAAGUGAUCCAUGAACGAGCCACCAGGACAAGACGACAAGUCCUGAUGCUCAUUGCUCGGCUGAAGGGUCAACUGGCAAGGAAGAAGGAUUCAAUUAGCAGCUCAACGGAUCAAAGCCAGGCAAAUCAGUUGAAGCGUCUUGACAUCAAGCGNAACAAAUCCAGUACAUCAUCACCAGUAGCAGUGAACUUCAACAACAAAAUGAUCAAUGAGAAAGCAGCGAACAUCAACCACGAAAUUCACCAAGGAGAAGCAGAUGAACAGUCAGUGCUGUUGGCAACAGCACGAGUAAAAGUAAUAUCACGGAGACGAUUCAUGACAAAAGCCAGAGCACUCAUCGACCAUGGUUCAGAGGUAUCUUUUAUCUCCGAACAAUUAGUUAAUCAACUGCAUUUACAGAGAAGAGCAUCAACAGUAGAGCGAGUGGAAAUCGGUGGAAUUAAUUCAGGACACACCAGAGGAAUAGUCUCAGUCAAUCUACAAGCGAGCCACGGGACUCAUCAACUGCAACUCAACGCCCACAUUCUAAAGAAGCUCACCGCAAUAAUUCCGUCAUUCUCAUGCUCAUCAGCGAGGAUCGGCUCACUUCAGAAUCUUCAGCUAUCCGAUCCCCAUUAUCUAAGGCCUGGACCAAUCGACAUCAUACUAGGGGCUGACAACUAUGGGCGGAUCAUCAUGGAUGAAGUUGUCAAGUCAGAGCAAUCGAGAGUAGUUGGCCAACGCACAGUAUUCGGUUGGAUACUAUCCGGACCAAUCGAAUGCACAAAUUGUUCAAUAAAGGUAUCUCUAUCAGCUGUACGAGAAUCUUCGAAUGAACAACUUCUGGAGCUUCUCCAAAAAUUUUGGGUCCAGGAAGAACUGCCAAACGAGAGAUCAUCAACAUCAGAGCUUUCACCAGAUGAGCACGAGUGCGAGAUGCACUUUAGAGCAACUCAUAGCAGAGACAACACCGGGCGAUACAUCUUAUACAGAGAGUUCAUCAACGAGUACGCAGCACUGGGGCACAUGAGAAUAGCACCAGAGACUCCAGAACCCGUGCCAGCCUACUAUCUUCCACAUCACGGGGUACUGAAAGAGGUGGCCAUCACAACGAAGCUGAGAGUCGUAUUCAAUGGCUGCAGCCCCAGUUCAUCAGGUAUGUCACUUAACGAUAUACUGUAUUCUGGUGAAAAAUUACAGAACGAUGCCAUGGUUAUCCUGACUUGGAUGAGGAGGCACAGGCUCGUGUUUGGCACGGACAUCGUGAAGAUGUUCCGUCAGAUACGAGUUCACCAAGAUGACUGGGAUCUUCAUAGAAUCCUGCGGAUCGACGAGAAUCAACAACCAGUCACAUACCAGUUAACGACAGUCACUUAUGGACUAAAUCGUUCUCCAUGGUUGUCGUUACGUGUUCUUCAACAACUAGCAGAAGAUGAAGGGCACCGCUUCUCAGCAGCAGUAGAGACACUCACCAGAGGUCGUUACGUUGACGGCAUUUACGGCGGUGCAGAGACAGAAGACGGUCUCAAGGAGAACGCAACGCAACUAUAA